AUGUUCGAGCAGAUCAAAGAGUUCUUCAAGCCAAAGGCUACAAAGACACUGCAUUAUGCUGGUCUGAAGAAUAACACCCAUCCGACUUGGUACAAGGAUGCUGGUCUGCGCAAGAAUGUUUGGCAUUGUGUUGGGUUUUACUUUGCGGUGUUCUACCUUGGCUUUGAUGCCUCGUUGAUGAAUGGACUGCAAGCGAUCCCCCAGUGGGAAGAAUACUUCAACUAUCCCUCAGGCAACACCCUCGGACUCAUCUCCGCAAGUCUCUUCCUCCCAGCGAUCAUAACGCCAUUCUUCGCUUCUUACAUUAACGGCCUCUGGGGUCGGAAGUGGUGUUUGGCUGUUGGUUCCGUCCUCCUCAUCCUCGGAGCCUUCCUCAACGCGUUUGCCAAAGACAUCGGGACUUUCAUCGGUGGCCGAGUCAUCAUCGGUGCUGCUGGUCCCUUUGGCAAGAUCACUGGUAUCGCUCUUCUGCAGGAAUUAGCGCACCCUCGCCUUCGACCGUAUGUCGCUACUGCUUACUACAGUAACUACUACGUUGGUCAGAUUGUCGCUGCAUGGUUCUGUUAUGGUACCCUUUCGUGGCCUGAUACUGAGUGGCGUUGGAGAGCACCUUGUCUUUUCCAGGCUUUUGCGCCCGCCGUCGUCCUUGUUCAUCUACUUUUUGUUCCCGAAAGCCCUCGAUGGCUCGUCGACCACGAUCGAUCCGAAGAAGCCCUCAAGGUUCUCGCUGACGAACAUGCGAAUGGUGACCUUGAUGAUGAGCUGGUACGAUACGAAUAUGACGAGAUCUAUCGUGCUCUGCAGCUCGAGAAGGAGAACCACAACGCCAAGUAUUCUGAUUUCUUGAAGACACCCGGUAAUAGACGCCGACUUCUCGUGCUCAUCACUAUGGGUACGGGGUCCAACUGGGUCGGCAACGGUAUCAUUGCUUAUUACCUCUCUCCCGCCCUGAAGCUCGUCGGCAUCACGUCUGCCAGCGCCAUCGCUGGUAUCAAUGGCGGCAUGGCCGUUUGGUCUCUCAUCUGGGCCUACGCUGGCGCCAUGAGCGCCGAGCGCCUCGGUCGUCGCACACUCUGGAUCACUGGUACAGCUGGUAUGUGUGCUGUGUACGCCGUUAUCACCGGGCUCAGCGGUUCGUUCGCGCAUAACCCUUCUCACGGCGUCGGUCUUGCUGUGGUGCCAAUGAUGUACCUCUUCAAGACCUUUUACUGUAUCAGUUGGUCCCCCCUGCCGUUUGCCUACGGUGCUGAGAUUUUGCCGUAUAACCUGCGACUCAAGGGUUUGAGUAUUGAGUUAAGUGUUCAGAGUGUUGCACUGGCUUUCAACCAAUGGGUGAACCCUGUUGCUCUUGAGGCGAUCGCUUGGAAAUACUACAUCGUCUACAUCACAGUUAUCGCCAUGUAUCUCGUCCUUAUUCUUUUCUUCUUCCCUGAGACAAGAAACAUGACAAUUGAGGAGGUUUCUGUCCUCUUCGACACGGGUAGGAAGGGCGAUGCUGCAGCCGCAACGCGACAAUUCCACAACAACGAUAGAAAGCUUGACGACAUGCUUGAGAACGAUGAUGAUGAUGACAAUAAAGCGCCAAAUGUGUCAAGAGUUGAGCGAGUCUAA